AGAGAUAAAGAGACAGAGAUAAAGAGACAUACCAGGAGAUGGAAAGAAGAAGAGAGAAAGGAGAGAGAGAGGGAGAGGGAGAGAGAAGGAGAGAAAGAGAAAGAGAGAGAGAGAGAGAGAGAGAUAAGAGAGAUAAGGAAGAGAGAAAGAUAUAGAGAGAUAAAGGAGAGACGUGAAGAGAGAAACAAAAAGAGAGAUCAAGAAGAGAAGGAAAGAGAGAGAAGGAGAGAAAAGGAUAAGAUCACAAGAGAGAGAGAGAGAGAGAGACGGAUGACGAGAGAGUGA